AUGAAAGUGCUCGUGCCUUUCUACAUGUCCAUCUGUGUGUUCGCAAUAUUUGUCGUUUUUAACAACUCCUCGUUUUACCUCCUCCCCUGUGAUGCCUUUCCAUUUGGGGUUUCUGAAAAUAAAUACAUUCAAUCUUUCCCCGAUUUUCAACUCUUUUACGAGUAUGUGGAUAUCCGAAAUGAUGAUUCCCCCUCCGAAUUGGGUGGCGCGCAGAAGGAAAGGAAGAGAACGAGAAAAGUGCUAUUCCAUUCCGAUAAAAUAAACUUUUAUAAGAAUUGCGAAGUCAGUAACGAUGCACAUAAUGAAGAGGAUGGUGAAAAUAAUUAUGAGAAGAGCGUCGUACAUGAUUACGUAGAAGAUUAUCCUGAGGAAAAUCGUAGAAACUGUAUCCGUACCGAUGGAGAAGGAAUCUCAAGUGAACUAAUUCAGAACAAAUGUGCUGCUAUGGGGUUAAGAAUUUAUGACCGCCUGAGUCAGAUGCUCAGUUGGUGCCUCCCCCAUUGUUUCAACAUUGGCAAUGGAUUCGAAACAACCCAUUUAGGUUUCCCUGAUUCUUCCUACUUUGGUGGAAAGCGAAUUCUCACGUGUAAAGACCACUCUGAACAAUGGAAGCUGGACAGACAAAUAAGCAAGAGUAGCGAUAAGUGGAGUAAGGACGGAGCAGAGGUUGAACAUUCCCCCUCUAACGAGCUGUGCCAAAAUAGCCAGCAGAACCUGAUCCAAGAAAUUUACGAAUACGAGAUUUACCCAUUUCUGAAAAGAUUCCUCACGAAGAACUUGCACAAAGGAUCCCCUGAUGUUAUUAACAAAUCGGAGACAUAUUUUUCCGAUUGCACAGGAGGGAUUACUUCCCAGAGGAAAGAAAACAUUCAAGUAGGGGAAAAGAUGGUGUUGUACCACUCUUCCCGUCAACAUCGAUACGAUAUAUUGAAUCAGUCCAAAGGGGUCCACAAGAAAAAGAAGAAGAAGCAUAAAAAAAGAGGGAAGGAAAAGAAACCCGAUGGGAUGACAAAAAUGCACACAAGAAGAAAGAAUUCUAACCUAGAACAGGAAGAACAUAAGAAUGAUAUCCACAUUCCUGCAGAACUAAAUUAUGUCUACAGCAUAAAGAAGAAGGUGUUGCGCAACUUUGCCUUCGCAAAUAUAUUAAAGAAAUACAUUCAUUACAAAUAUCAUUCCAACGGAUUGGUUAAGGUGGGAAAAGAUGGGACAUAUCGUGACCACUCCGAGGGGAAGGCAAGGAGCCGCUUCACCCCCUUUCUGGAACAACAUUACGGGAAAAGCAGAUCCAGAGAAAAAACUGGACAGAAAAAGUAUAUCCACAAGGAACGCAUCUACUUUAUCAACAAAAAAGCCAUUAUCAUCCUAGAUCAUUUAAAAAAAGAAACCUCCUACCUUAUCGUCUCCUACGUGAUCGAGGAAAAAACGGCUCAGGUGCUAAACUUUACGGAGUAUCAUGUCCCUCUGAAGGUGCCAAUAUAUACGCAAAGUUUUAUGGACACCCUUGAGGAGGGCAAUCCUCCCAAACAGUACGAACAGGAUGAUGGAAACCUUUCCCCCAUUGGGGAUAAGCUGCAUCAGAAGGAAGAUAUUUGUAACUAUAACUAUGGAGACAACUGUAUGGAAUAUUUAAAAAAUCUCUUUUUAAAGACUUGCAAAGUGGUGGUGCACCCUGAUGAUGAUGUGAAUAAGCGGAGGGAAUUCCUUCAUGUGAUGAACCCUGUAGAGAGGAAGUUCUUAAUAAAUGAACACCAUAAGGGGAUGGAGGAGAGACAAACACAAUUGCCAAGAGAGGCAAAAAAGUGGAGUGAGGAGGAUCACCAAAAAAUAGGUUACUCACAGGGAGGUGUAGCGACAAAAUGGGGGAAAAACAAUUUCUUGAGGUUGUAUACCCAUUUGUCCCACGUGAAAGGUUUCCACUCUUUUCAUCGAAGUCUAUUUCGCGUGUUCCAGGUGUACAGUAGUGCGUUUCAGAGUGGGAAGUUAAACGGCAAAGGGACUAGUCAGGGGGGAUUGAUGGGUAAAGAAGGUGAUCCUGCACAGGACCUGCACAUGGACAAGGCGGAGGUACGCAGAAGCGGAGCAAACGAUGCUACAAACUCCAGCAACAUCAAUAACCUCAAUAACGCCAGAUAUGGGGACACCUCCAGAAAAUUGUCUAACCAGGUGGAAUACAUAAUGAGCACGUACGCCGGAUCGGACAGCGGGUACCACUACUAUCUGAUUAACUACAACAACCAGAACUUCAUUUUAGAGGUGAACGCUAACUCAGAACUGUAUGGAAACCCAUUCGUCAAUAAUAAAAAAAGCAGAGAAAAUAUGACAGACGCGGAGAAGGCCAUAAUAAAAAAUAUGAAGAAAUACAUGAAGGAAGGGAAUAACUUCUCCGUAUACAUUGACCACAUGCCCUCCUCAGAAGUUUAUCACAAUGACUGUGAUAAAUUUAACACUAUAAAAUGGGCGUUGAUUCUGUUUUUCAUCCCGGCCUGGUUAUUACUAAAUGUGGUCUACAUUAUAUAUGUCCAGAAUGUGUGGAGGCAGAUGUUGAACCCGUUAUAUAGACUGAUGUUGUCUCCGUCCAUCAUUCGACUCGCAUCGUACAUCAUGCUAUUACUUUUCUGUAUGAUUCAGUACCCCCAAAACAAUAGUCGCUAUGUGGAGUAUACCAUCUUGUCCUAUAUGGCUCUGAACACCAUGUUCAACACCAUCUUUUAUGGCAACCUCAUUCUUAUAAGUAAAGGGUACAUGAUAACAAGAGGCCAAUUUAGCAAAAGGGAUAAUCUAUCCCUAACCCUAAUUAUUAGUAGUAUAUACAUUCUAACCUCCUUUAAUCAGUUAAAUGUAAUUAAUGAUACUCCCAUAUUAAUUUUUAUCAAUAUGAGUUUGCUAUUUGUACUUGUUAUAAACAUCUUAUCGAUUCAGAAUUUUUUAAAAUUGAGGUUGUCCUUUGUCAGAAGUGUACGGAUGAUGGAUUCAUGGGAAGAGUCACUGAAAAUCAAAUUGAGCAUGUAUAAAAUGUAUCUACUAAUUAUUGUUAGCUUUUUUAGCUUGGAAAUUUUACUGCAUUUGCUGAAAGCCAUGUUUAAUUUUUUAACGGGAACUGUUAUCCUGAUUGAGUAUGCCUUCGAGCUCAUUAUGUGGUGUUGCGUGUUGUACGUUUUUAGGCAUAGGGGUAAUGUGUUGUAUUUUUCUCUCUUAUAUGAUAAUUUUACCUUUAAUAUUAUGCCACUUUACGUAGCCAAGACGAGCGAUGAUAUGUUGGACAUGGUGAACGACAAGCAGUGGACUUUCGAGAGCGCACACUUUCCCAUUUUUAUUUUAAACCCCUGGGAGCAAACCAACCAAAAUUAUCUUUCGCGCAUGGCUGUGGGGUGGCCCCUCGUUGUGCACUACGGAAAGAGGUAUCUCUGA